AUGAGCAAUGACGAGGUAAUGGACAUCGACUCCAUACCUUCUUCCUCGAAAGGCAAGGGAAAAGCAUCCAGCAAUGACUUCCCACCUCACGAGUUGAACGAAAAUCUACCAUGGGUGGAAAAAUACCGUCCGGUCACACUGGACGAUGUCGUAUCACAUAAAGAUAUCACCAGCACAAUCGAAAAGUUCAUCGAGAAGAACCGACUACCUCAUCUUUUGUUCUACGGACCCCCAGGUACAGGGAAGACAUCUACUAUUCUAGCAGUGGCUCGCCGAAUAUAUGGGGAAGAAUACAGGAAGCAGAUCCUGGAACUGAACGCGUCAGACGACCGCGGUAUCGAUGUAGUCCGAGAACAAAUCAAACAAUUCGCCGAGACGCGUACGCUUUUUUCCAAAGGCUUCAAACUCAUCAUCCUCGAUGAAGCAGAUAUGAUGACUCAAGCAGCGCAAGCAGCAUUGCGUCGUGUCAUCGAACAGUACACCAAGAAUGUCCGAUUCUGUAUUAUCUGUAAUUAUGUCAACAAGAUUGCGCCUGCAAUUCAGAGUCGAUGUACACGCUUCAGAUUUUCGCCUUUACCUUCAUCAGAAGUGGAGAAGCGGAUAAACCUGGUUAUAGAGACUGAAAAGGUGAAAGUUACGGACGACGGCAAGAAGGCUUUGAUGAAGCUUUCCAAAGGCGACAUGCGGCGCGCACUCAAUGUCCUCCAAGCAUGCCAUGCAGCUUACGAUAUAACUUCCGAAACGGAGAUAUACAAUUGCACGGGAAGUCCGCAUCCUUCUGACAUCGAGACUAUUGUGAAAUCGAUGUUAUCCGACGAAUUUACAACGGCCCACCAAUUGAUAUCGACUAUGAAGACCGAGCGUGGCCUAGCGCUUCAAGAUCUCCUGGUUGGCGUGUACGAAUACAUCGAGACUAUCGAGAUCAAACCUCAUGCUAGAAUCUAUCUCCUCGAUCAUCUUGCCACCACAGAAUACCGCCUUUCCACUGGUGGUAGUGAGAAAAUUCAGAUGAGCGCGUUACUGGGGGCGUUCAAGAAUGCUGUAGAAUUAACAUCACGGUAG